AUGCCGCGAGGAAAAUUCACAAACCAUAAGAGACGUAACCGUGGAUUUACUAAUCCUGAAGAGGAAAGGAGAAGAGAAGAUCAACAGAAAAAAUGGAGACACCAGAGAAGAAAAAGCAGUAGUAAAGAAUUAGAAGCUGCUGCUGACAAAAAAAUUAGUGAAGAAACAGGUUCGGGGAGUGAGUCGUCAGAGGAUAGCGAUGAAAAGAAGAGAAAAGAAGAGAAGAAGACUAAAAAAGAAGACUAA